AUGGGAAAUACAUCGAGUAAAGAUGAAUCAUCUGGCUCCUCUUCUGCCGUAGCUUCUGGCGGCAACGACGAUCCUGACCCGUCGCCGUCGGCGCGACGGAAUUUUCAAUAUACUAAUAAUGAUCGUACCGGUGUGUACGAUCAGGUUACCAUGAAUGGUAACGAAUACGAUAACAACAACACUAACGACAAUGCAAAUACCAACUUCAACCUUAAAAGCAACAACGAUAACAAGAAGAACAAACAGGCCAAAGUGAGUAAGAGGAACCACGAGAGCGACCACGAUGAUGAUAAGGCUUCCCAGUUCCAUUUGGGAUUAUCCAAGGCUGAUGCUGAUAACUCUUUAUCAGUAAGCAUAUCAUCUUCGUCAACUUCCACUGCCUCCUCUUCCUCUUCUUCGUACUCCUCAUCUCUUUCCGAUGUGCCUUUAAAGGCAUCGGUGCUUCAGAUGACUGUAACUGAUGCUACAGUUGGUUCACUGUCGAAUUCCUUUGAAAGCAACCUGGACUCGUGUUUCACUUCGAACUCUGUGUCGUCAGGUUCUUCGGGGACCACUCCUCCUUCCUCCAGGGAUAAGUCACUGUAUCCUAUCAAAGAGCAUUCUGUUCUAGCUUUGAAUAGUCCACAGAAGGCUGUGUUUCACCAGGAGGAUCUCAAAUCGCCUAUCUUUAGCAAACCAACGGGGCAUCAUCAUGAAGAGAUAUCUGAAAGGGUAAAAAGCUUCAAGGAACUACUGACGGCCGAUGCAGCAAAACAUGUUGUUUCCUGUCUUGACAAAGGUCAAAGGAAGGAAGUAAGUGUACUUGCUUCACCGGUCACGUCUAAACAUUCGAGUCGUCAUGGUAAGAAGCAUUUUGCUAAUGUAGACUCAAUCAUUGAAAGACUUGUGGAAGCCGGCCUUUCUAAAAGGGCUUCUAAGAAAUUUAUAAUUUCUGUAGAUGAGAUUAGAUUUAUCUGUGCCAAGACCAGAGACAUCUUUAUGAGUCAGCCGAUGAUGUUAGAGUUAGCUGCUCCAGUAAAGAUUGCCGGUGAUAUACAUGGGCAAUUUCAUGACCUCUUAAGAAUCUUCAAGCUAUGCGGUUUCCCCCCAAAUGCUAAUUACUUGUUUCUGGGUGAUUAUGUUGAUAGAGGUAAGCAAUCCUUGGAGACUAUCAUUCUUCUUCUGUGCUUGAAAAUUAAGUUUCCCGAGAACUUCUUCAUGUUAAGAGGUAAUCAUGAAAGCGCAGGCAUCACUAGAAUGUAUGGAUUUUACGACGAGUGUAAGAGAAGAUCUAGUCUGAAGAGUUGGAAGAUGCUUGUCGAUGUUUUCAAUACUCUGCCGGUUGCGGCGACAAUUGCGGGUAGGAUCUUCUGUGUUCAUGGUGGAUUAUCCCCUCAGUUGACUGACUUGAAUCAAAUCAAGAAGAUUCAAAGACCUACGGAUAUUCCAGAGGAAGGACUACUUUCCGAUCUUUUAUGGUCUGAUCCCCAGGUAUCAGGUGCCACAGAGGAAUACUUAUCCUCUCGCUCCGAAAAGUCACUCAAUUCUGGCGCAAGUUCUUCAUCUCUUUCUAGUCUUCCCUUAUAUUCCCCUUCCCCUACAGAUUCAUCGUUACCACACUCUUCCCAACACUUUUUGAAUAGUCAUCAUAUAGGAGACUGGACUGAAAAUGAUAGAGGCGUUUCUUAUUGCUUUAGCAGAAGAGUCGUUAAUCGUUUUUGCCAACGUUUCGAUUUGGAUCUAGUGGCGCGGGGUCACAUGGUAGUGGAACAAGGCUAUGAGUUUUUUGCAAAGAGGAAGUUAGUUACUGUUUUCUCAGCACCAAAUUAUUGUGGAGAGUUUGAUAACUGGGGUGCUGUUAUGAAUGUGAACAAAAAAUUGAUGUGCUCGUUCGAACUUUUAAAACCAUCCCGUAUUAAGCGUGAUUGA